AUGGAAGGGCUGCCCGUCGAUGGGCUCAUUGUCAUUAGAGGAUCGGACAAGUACCACAACGUCCCGCUGCUGCGGUGGCUGGCGGCUCGCACGGACGAUGUCUACGAGGUGACCCCACGAGAAGCCGUCGCAUCGUUUCGGGCUGAUCAGAGAACCGUAAUCGUGCCCGUCGACUACGACAAGCCUUUUUUGGAUGAUGUCCUCGCCUCGGUGCCCGCAACAACCUCGAAGAAAGCGCUCGUCUUCAUCGGCUGGCUCGACUUCCUGGCGCUUCGACACGGGCUGGACGCGGUGCUGGCCGCGCUCUACCGACUGAAACAACGAUUCUGCGUGUGCGUGUGGCUGGCCGGGGCGACGACUACUGCUGAAUGGCAACGUGUGGCCGCGGUGGCCGAUGCGACCGUUGAGGUACGGACACCCAUGCCCGGCGGAAGUGAACGAGCCAUCGUCCGGUUGACAAGUUGGGAGCGGAAUGGGAAGACACACAGCACGGAAGAAGAAAUGACGAUCGAACGCGACCCGCUGAAGCUCACCUUCAGGAGAGUGGCCAAGGAGCGCGCGAUACCCGUGGAAGAGCCGGAGCCCCAGCAAACGCUCACCACAUCGUUCGACAUUGGGCUGAGCUUGAAGGAGUCGGAAAGGGCAGCAAAAGACGCGCUUCAACUGCCCUACACGAAAAUGCAGAGCGAGCAAGGCCUCGUCGACAUUCGGAUGAGCAGCGGGCGGAAGGUGAAGGUCGGCGGCCAGAUCAUCUACACGCCCGACGACGGCGACGACCUCGACGACAGCGACCCGGACGAUGAUCUGAGCUUG